AGUAAUCGCACAGUUUCAAAAUGGACAAAAACAAUAAAAUCGUACCUCGCAAGCAAAUGGGAAUUAGACAGGCAAGAGAAGACUCAGACAGGCCAUUUUUCCCUACUGGCAGAGAUGGUAAUAUUAUUCCAGGAACAUACAAAACACCAGUUGGAGAGGUAAGAAUUAAGAAGAUAGAACCACCGAAAAGUUUUGAUGUUAUUUCUCUUGCCCGUUCGAUGAAUGAGGAUUUUGCUAAAAAGACGAAACAACUUUUCAAUCCAGAAGUAGAAGCUGUGAGAGAAGCUAUUAGGACAGGUACAUAUAUUGCCUAUAGACCAAGGGAUAAACCAUGGGAUCAACAAGACUGUCAACGUGUUUGUUCUACAUCACGAUGUUUUUGUGGUCAUUUAUUAAAUCAACAUGAAACAUUCACUGGGAAACAAUUAUCAUUAAAAUGUCAGCAGGCUGGUUGUAUCUGUAAGGCGUUUAAAUUUAUCCCCAGUAGACCAGAAGAAGUUGGUGAAUAUUGGCUAGUGAAAAGAAGAGAUUUUGAUCGUAAUACCUAUCGUGUCAAAUGUAAAUGUAAGCAUACACAUGAAGAGCAUGUAGCUGAUCCAAUACCAUAUCGAUGCAAUGCUAAAGGAUGUAGUUGUUUAGGCUUUUCAUCUGCUUUCCUGUGUGCAGCAUGCGAUAAACACUGGAAUGAACAUCAGACAGUCAUUGAAACUGAAAGUGAACGUAAAGCUCAAGGACGUCCAGUGGGUGAAGCAUGGUUCCCAUUUGCUGAAUUACCUGAAUUAGCUAAAAUUGCUUUAACUGGUGUUGAUAAUCCUGAUAUUCAAACGUUGGCUGAUGCUUUACCGCCAGAAACUCGUCAAAAUUUCCUAGAACAUCAGCAGCAGCAGCAACAACAACAACAACAGCUGCAGCAGCAGAAGAAGAAUCAACGUGCCUUACCUGAUCCAAGAUCUAGAAGAUAAAUAUAUUCAGUAAUGAUAACAGCUUAGAAUUUCAGCAUAUUGCUGACCUGAUUCCUCGUUGUUUUUGCGUUUUUUGUGGCGUAUUUUAUGGUUUUAUGUUUCCUCAGCUCCAUUUUUAACUUUCAGAUUACAAAUGUGUGUCUUUCUUGCCUUUUUAUCUAGUGAUAAUUAAUUAUAGAUUUAUUUGUUUGUUUAUUUAUUGAUUUUUAUUUUUAUUUUUUUGAAGAAUUAACUUUUUGUCAGUUUCUUUUAUAAAUAUUGAUUUUAUUCACAUCAUAUUAUCCAUCUUCAUUGCUAUGAAUAUAAUCGCCGUUGUCAUAAUCAUCAGCAUCGUUGAAAUCGUCGACCAUCAUCAUCGUCAUGGUCACCAUUGUGAUUCUCCCUCAGCUAGUAAAAUCGAAACUCUGACUAUAAAUCAAUAGUUGAGUGAUAAAAUUGAUCGCAGAAUUACACAAAUCAGAUAAUUUUCUUAAAAAAACAAAUAUACACAGAUUGUGAAUCAGUUUCAUGCCUUUUUAAAAGUGAAAGAAUAGAGGGUUAGAGAGUGAGGUAGAAAGACGGGGAGCCUACUGACCUAAUCAUCUUAUUUUAUUAUGCAUACGUACUUUUGUCAUUCAUUAUUUUACUCAAAUUCUCAUUUCCUUAGUAUAUUUUUCUGUUGUUAUUCUUGUUGUUGCUUGUUUUAGUUUAUUUCUCACGAUAGAAAAGUGCAUUUUUUCUAAGUUUAUUUCAGGUGGGAUUUCUAUUUUUUUCAUUUUACUAAAACACUUAAACAAACAAAGAAAAACCAAAAUGAAUACAUUUUAGAAUUUCAAGUUUCAAUAUGUAUAAUAAUAACAAUAAUAAUAGUAA